CAGUACUUUAAAGUUAUUACUCUAUUAUCGUCUCACUUACAUUGUUUUCAACAAGAAAUUUGGUAUCAUCUUUAUCUUUGUUCCUCAGAAACAUUCUUUUUUCUUUAGAAUUUUAUCUGUAUUGCUGGGUUUUGACAAUUUGACUUUGAUGUGACUUGUUAUAGUUUUCUUUAUAUACCUUGUACUUGGGAUUGAGCUUCAGAAUUGUGGGGUUUUUAAAUGUUUUUUACUGUGUUUGGAAAGUUUAGGGCCAUUAUUUCUUCUCAUAUUUUUCCAUAUCACUAUACUUAACUUUUUAAACAUUUGAAAUGUAAUUAUAUUGAUGCCUUCUUGUUGGUUUUUGGCUACACUGGGUCUUGGCUGCUGCUCGCAGCUUUCUCCAGCUGUGAGCGCAGGCUGCUGUUCGUUGGCAGACUUGGGCCUCUCAUGGUGGUGGCUUCCCGCGGCGGAGCUCGGCCUCUAGGUGUGCAGGCUUAGUGGUUGUAGCAGUAGUUGCCGCGUGAGGCCUCAGUAUUUGCAGCUCUGGGCUCGAGAGCAUGGGCUGCAGGAGCUUAGUUGCUCCACAGCAACUAAGAUCUUCCCGAACCAAGGAUUGAACCCACGUCCCCUGCAUGGGCAGGGGCUUAAGCACUGGACCACCAGGAAAGUCCCUAAGGUAACUUUUAAUGUCAUUCUUUGCUAGUUUUAACCCAUGUGGUCUGUUCUGGGUCAGUUUUGAUUAUUCUCCUUUUGACAGGUCAUGUUUCCCUGCUUGUUUGUAUGCCUGGUAGUCUUUGGAUGUCAGACAUUGUGAAGUUUGCCUUGUGGAGUUCUGGUCACUUUUUAUUCCUGUAUGUUUUCUUGAACUUUGUUUUGGGAUGCAGUUAAAGUCCUUGGAAAAGUUUGAUUCUUUUAGACUUUGCUUUUUGACCUCUUAAGUAGGUUGAGAGCAGUGCUCAGUCUAAGGAGGAUUAUUUCCUCUGCUGAGGCAGCAGUGCCUUCCUGAGCACUCUACCCAGUGUCCUAUGAAGUAUGCUUUUCCCAAUCUGGCCAGGGGAACAGAUACCUUUCCUAGCCAUUUUUUAGAGCCAGAUCCUGUUUCCUCUAAUGCUUUUUCUUUGGAUUUGGGUAAUCUCAUAAACAUAGACUAAUGAGUACUGUGCUGAAUACUCAAGGAGACCUCUGUAGACCUCUGGGAUCCUGUUACAGUUCUUUUUUCUCUGGUAUUCUUCUAUUAUCUUCUCUGAGCUACUUGGCAUGUGGGAUCUUAGUUCCCCAACCAUGGAUCAAACCCAUGCCCCCUACAUUGGAAGCACAGAGUCUUAACCACUGGACCACCUGAGAAGUCCCUGGUAUUCUGUCUUUUAAACUUUACUGCUUUGGUAAACUCUUAGCUCCAUCACCUCCAUUUCAGAUAGGCAGGGAACUGACAGACAGCCCCAAUGGACUCCCUGAACCCUUUCUACUGUUUCAACUGGAUGCCAAGGGUGUUAAAAAUGCAUUUACGGGAUGCCUCCACUUUGGCAUGGCCACAACUCCCUUGUCAAUGCUCUUAUCCAAGGACUGCUCUAACUCUGGUAUCUCUGUUCUAAUCUUAGCCCCAUAUAGUACCCACUUUCUGGUAAGCAUCGGGUUGUCUCACUCUGCAUAUGCCGCCUGGCUGUGUUAUACAGGGUUUUCCAGAGAAACAGAGCCAAUAAACUAGAGAUGAACACAUACAUAUUUAUUACUACUAGGAAGAAUUAGGAAUUGGUUCAUGUCAUUAUAGAAAACUGAGAAAUUCCAAGAUGUGUAGUCAGCAAGCUGGAGACCCAGGAGAGCUGAUGGUGUAGUUCAGUCCAAGAAGCAGAAGAGCCGGGACUGUGGGACUUUAUCACAUCGGUUUGUAGUAACACCUCGAAGGCGCUAUCCAAUCCAGCAGGCCCAGUAUUCCUUGCUGGGGGUACUUCCCACAGUAUGCUGGAAUGGUUGUCACAAGAAGACCGUGCUGUCUGCUCGUAAUUCCAAAAUGGUGUGCAGCCCAGUGACAGUGAGGAUUGCGCCUCCAGACAGCAAACUGACUCGUUCUCCAAUACCAGAACAGAUUAUCAACUCAACACUGUCUUCACCAUCAACUAGUGCCCCAGAUCCAUGUGCAAAGGAGACUGUACUGAAUGCCCUCAAAGAGAGAAAGAAAAGGACAGUGGAAGAGGAAGACCAAAUAUUUGCUGAUGGCCAGGAAAAUAAAAGAAGACGCCAUGAUAGCAGUGGGAGCGGACAUUCAGCGUUUGAGCCCCUGUUGGCCAAUGGAGUCCCUGCUGCUUUUGUGCCUAAGCCUGGGUCUCUGAAGAGAGGUCUUAAUUCACAGAACUCAGAUGAUCACCUGAAUAAGAGAUCCCGCACCUCUUCCGUGAGCUCCUUGACAAGCAGCACAUACACAGGCGGCAUCCCCAGCUCCAGCCGCAAUGCCAUCACCAGUUCCUACAGCUCCACUCGCGGGCUCUCUCAGCUGUGGAAGAGGAGUGGUCCCAGUUCAUCUCCAUUCUCCAGCCCAGCCUCAUCCCGUUCCCAGACACCAGAGAGGCCAGCAAAGAAAAUAAGAGAAGAGGAGCUUUCUCAUCAUUCUAGUUCUUCAACUCCAUUGGUAACAGACAAGGAGUCCCAGGGAGAGAAGGUUGUAGAUCCAACCACAUGGAAGAAGCAGAGCUCGUGGAAUUCCCCAUCAACACCUGGCAGCUCCGGGCAGCGUAAACGGAAGGUCCAGCUGCUGCCCUCCAGGCGAGGAGACCAGCUGACCUUGCCUCCACCUCCCCAGCUUGGUUAUUCGAUCACUGCUGAGGACUUGGACUUGGAAAAGAAAGCUUCUUUACAGUGGUUUAACAAGGUCUUAGAGGAUAAGACUGAUGCUGCCUCAGCCUCUGUCACUGAGGCCUCACCUGCCAGUCAGUCUUCCUUCACUUUUACCUCGCCUGCCACUGGGACUGCUUCAUCCCCAACCUCCCUCCAAGCCCCUAGCGCUAACCCACUGUUGGAGAGCUUAAAGAAGAUGCAGAAUUCUCCGGGCCUACCUCCCCUCCCUGAACCUGCUGGAGUGACCACCACUGUGGCCGAUUCGCCUCCGAAGACACCCGGUCCUCUGGCCUCUCUGAGCUCCUCACAGUCAGGGGCCGUUCCGGCCACCUCCUCUGACUCCAGAUCCACCACUGCUCUCUUGGGGCUGACCCCAGCUUCUUCCCCGGGACCCGUCACCGAUGCCGCCAAGUCCCCUUCGGCUGAGACAUCCGUCAAAUCCCAGGCCCUGUCUACCCCUCCUCCCAGUCCCAAGCAGAGUAUCCUGUUUGGAAUGCUGAGCACCCCAGCUGCUAACCCUCCUGCCUCUGUAGCCCCUGCUGUGUCUUCAGCAUCGCCCACAUUCAAACCCAUUUUUGUGGCCCCCCCGAAAAGCGAGAAUGGGGACCCCUUGCCCUCUAGCCCUUCCACGGUCACGGCCGUGGCAUCUUCCAGCUCGGCCCUCCCCACGACUACCAGCAGCCCAGCCCCCGCUUUCAAGCCAAUCUUUAGCAGCGUGGGGCCACCCACAUCUAUGCCCGGGUUAACUCCCUUCUUCAAGCAAACAGCUACUCUGGCCACUCCCACGAGUGCCCCUCUCUUCACCGGCCAGGCCACUGCCUCCUCCACAGUGACUUCUGUGAGCACGGCCAGCACCUCCACAGACUCUGCCCCGAAGCCCGCCUUCAGCUUUGGUGUGAGCAGUGUGACCAGCACUCUGAGCAGCGUGACUAGCACCACUGCUUCCACCUCCCAGCCCUUCCUCUUUGGGACUCCCCCGACCUCUGGUGCCAGCUUCACCCCAACUGGGGGCUCCAUAUUCCAAUUUGGAAAGCCCCCCGCCAUGCCCGCCUCCACAUCAGUCACCACCUUUGGCCAGUCGCUUCCCAGUGCCCCUCAGACAGCCCCCAGCAGCAGCAGCAGCAGUGCUGGCUUCACUGGUUUUGGCAGCAGCCUCAGCACCUCCGCCCCGGCCACCACCGGCCAGCCCACGCUGACGUUCAGCAGCAGCACCGCCCCGGCCUUCAGCAUGCCCUUCGCCUCAGGCGCCAAGCCCCCGCUUGCAUCCCACCCGGGGGCCAACCCCCAGCCCACCUUCGGGGCCGCCGAGGGGCAGCCACAGGGGGCUGCCAAACCGGCUCUCGUGCCCAGCUUUGGCAGCUCUUUCGCUUUUGGAAACACUGCGGCUCCAGCCCCAACUGCGACCCCAGCGCCGACCCCAGCCCAGCCAGCGUUCGGCGGCGCUGCGCAGCCGGCGUUCGGCGGUCUGAAAGCCACACCCUCCGCCUUCGGCACCGCCGCCAGCACCCGGCCAGCCUUUGGCAGUGCCACAGCUGUUUUCUCCUUUGGUGCGGCCACCACCUCUGGCUUUGGCAGUACCACCCAGACCACCAGCAGCGGGACCAGCGGCUCGGUGUUCAGCGGCACGACGCCGUCGCCCUUCACGUUUGGGGGGCCGGCGGCCCCAGCUGGGAGCGGGGCCUUUGGGAUGAGUGUGGCCACCCCGGGCACCAGCGCUGCCUCUGGAGCGUUUGGCUUCGGGGCAGGACAGAGUGGGACCACUGGCAGCGCAGCGCCUUUUGGGGGAGGCUUGAGUCAAAACAGCUUGGGCGCACCCAACCAGAACACACCCUUUGCCUUCAAUGUGACCAGCACGCCGGACAGCAAACCUGUGUUUGGAGGCACCUCCACGCCCACCUUCGGUCAGAACACCCCAGCCCCUGCAGUGGGCGCAGCUGGCAGCAGCCUCUCCUUUGGGGCGUCCUCAGCGCCUGCCCAAGGCUUUGUCGGAGUCGGACCUUUCGGAUCGACAGCCCCUUCCUUUUCCAUUGGUGCGGGAUCCAAGACCCCAGGGGCUCGACAGCGGCUGCAGGCCCGGAGGCAGCAUACCCGCAAGAAGUAGCCUUUGUCCCUCACCCAGCCCCCCACCACCCCUUGCCCAAAUCUGGACCUCGGCACCUGCUAGGAAGAGCCUCCGAUCCUUCUAGUUCCAUAAAGCAGACCAACCCCAGACCUCUGGCUUCAGCCCCCAGGGAGGUAGUGGCAGCUCCAGGGGCUGUUUCCCUCUUUCAGGAAGCAGAAGCCCCAGGUCUGGGGGGUCAUGGGGGGAGGGACGUGGCAGGGCAGAAGCCUGUUACCUUACUUGAACUGGUGAAGCUGGAGAGAACUAAAGAAACAUCUGUACAUACUGUCCACUUCCUUCCCCGACGCUCGUGUAGUGUGUAAGCUCAGGCAGGCAGCCCCCUGCCCGCCUUCUCCCCAAGAACCAUCUUGGCCGGAGGCUAGCAGGUCAAGCCCCGCCACCUGCAUCUCUGUGCACUUGAUGGGUUGGGGUGGACUGUCCCCAAAGCUGCACCGGGCUUGGCUUGGCUGUACAAGUGGCUUUCCCCUUCCAGUCCCAUGAGGGGACUCUUGUUUCCCCACUUCUUGCUGCUUCAUCCCUCACCGGUUCCUUGCAGGGUCGAUUCCUUUUAAAGUGAUCCUGGGUCUAGCUUUGCCUUGGAGACCCCAGCAGGUGCAGCUCCUGCUAUUCCACUUCCUCCUGCCAAGUCCGAGCCAACCUUUCAUCCCCAACCCACUCUGCCAGUUUGACCCCUCAAAGCUUGGUGGCUCAAGACUGUUAGCCUGGCAGACCCAGGGGUGGUGCCUCCUCCGGGAGAGGGAAGCUCUUGGCACAGGCAGGACACAGCCCCCCCACACACAGCCACCCACCCCACUGCUUUCAGCUGCCUCCUCACCCACCAUCCCCGUUGGCCUCACUGGGCCUGUCUGCCUCUCCGGGAUCGUCUGUUUGAAGCUUUGUCCUGUGUUAUUUUGUCUGAUGCUCAUGUCUAUUGCUCUUUGAAUCGAGUUUGGAGGAAGAAUUGAAUUGUAUGAGUGGCGGCAUGUUGGUAGUGCCGGACUUAACUGUUUCUCAAGUUUCUGGGGCCUCGCUAAUUGAGUGUGGAAAGUGGCACCACUCUGCGGCUACAAGUGCCGAGUCUUGAAUUCUCACAUGGUGUUUCGACUUUAAGGGCUGGCAGCCCAGGAGGAUGGGGCCAAGGGGAAGCCAAGGCUUCUGCCCUGUGCUUUCUUUCCCACCUACCUAACCUCACUGUUUGUAAUAUAUGGUAGAAACCCUAAAUUAAAGAACCACGUUUUAAAAUUGUUGUCUUACUUCCUCCAUCCCUUCCCUUCUCCCUUUGUUCCAAAACCCCUUACCCCAGGCCCAUGAGCCUUGCUGCCAUGCCCAUCCUCUUUGGGAGAAGUAUGAAUGCGUGUGUCUAAAUUAAAAGAAAAAAAAAAAUAUUUAAACAUUUUUUAACAAUAAAAAUUUAUUUUUGUAUUUAAGCUAAAUUGCCUUUUAAAUUCCUUCAAGCUUGGUUCAUUGAGGUGGUUCAGUAUAAAUGCUAUUUGACUAGAGAUUAGUUGUGUAGAGUUAAGUUAUGCCUGUGUGCAGAAGAGGCUCAGAUGCUGUCCCGGCAGCAUUCCUGAGGGACUUGAGCUCCUUCUGGAAACAGAAAAUGUAAUUCUUAUUUUAUGAAUAAUGUGACGUAGGUGUAACUAGUCCCCUCCCCUUUGUGACUGAGGGUGAAUGGUUCAUGGUGGGGGACGCGCCUCCCCACCGGAGAGCUCUGUUGCGUGUGGAGCUGAGGGGGGCCUGAGUCCUGCGUACUUGCUCGGAUGGGAGGGGCGGGCGUGGGUCUAGAAGUCAGGCUGCUGCCUACACCUCACGGAAGGCAGACCCUCAGCUCGAUUACCUCAGCUCCACAGGCGGGACAGUUGGUCCAGGAGCCCCCUGCCCCGAGUGUGAGUGUGUGAAUGCGGGUGUGGACACGUACGUGCACUGGACAGGGACGGGAGGCUGGGACUUUCCAUUGUAAACGAAGACUGAAUUCCUGUGAGUCUAGUUGGAAUUUUUAGUAUGAAUGUGAGAUUUUUCUCCUUGCUUAUGUCAUUAAGAAUAAAAAAAACUGUGAUCUAUCG